UUUCUCACUCAAUUCACUUAUCAUCGGCGACUGUCUAUUUUACUCCGUUGUUUUCUGUCGUCUAAUGAAAUCGUAUUCUGAAAAUAAUUACAGUCCUUAAUUUUAAAAGGAAAUUAUGUAAAUAUUAUUCGAGUGCAAAUACAACAUUUAGUGCAUGUUUGGACCCAUUUCGGUAUGAGUGGGGUGGCCACAUCGAAAAUGUUCCUGAAACUAAACUCAAGAACGUCAAGAACGUUGAGAAAACAAUAGGGGAUAAAUUCCUAUACUAGGUCUCUUAGCACAUCGUAAUAGAUGCUAGUUUCGUUUAACAAUGGAUACGCUUCACGUUACCCACGCUCACAGUAAAGGGUCCAGCCGGAGCCAGUCGCCUUCCGCCGCGGACCUCGCCGUGGUUACCGAUGACGCGGUCAUCAGGUCAAGGGUACAAUCUCCAUCUACCGUACAUCAUGUUGUUAGUGAGCCGUCUUCAAGUUCAUCGUCUCGUCACGGCGAUAGAACGCAUCACGCCAAGUCUCAUUCACGAGAUCUCGGUAACAGUCCUCUUACCGCCAACGCCACGGGAAAUACAUCUAGAGAUUUAGAAGAUUCGCCGCAGAAGAAGAUUCUGUCAGGUCUGAUGGCUCCAGGCGACUAUGCCAGUACCGUAUACAGCCCCAACGUAUCGUACGCUCUCUCUUCGGACGAAUACGGCUCGCCGGCCUACAGGAGUCAAGAUGGUGAUUACUCGACUCAAGAUGAAGCAGAUGGUACCAACGCUACAUCGACUAAAGCGCAAGCGGCCAUCGCUCAUCUGAACAACAAGAUUGAACGUACUAAAGAACUGAUACGGCUCGAGCAGACCAUCAGAGACGACAACGUAAACGAAUACUUGAAGCUGGCGGCGAACGCGGACAAGCAGCAGCUCCAGCGGAUCAAGGCAGUGUUCGAGAAGAAAAACCAGAAGAGCGCCCUCUGCAUCGCGCAACUGCAGAAGAAACUCGAGGGCUACAACAAGAGGAUCAAGAACUGGGAGCAACAUGGCUCCAGCGGACAAGCUCACAGACAACCUCGAGAAGUUCUGCGAGACAUGGGACAAGGUUUAAAAAACGUGGGCGGAAACAUCCGCGACGGCAUCACGGGUCUCGGCGGCAGCGUCAUGGCCGCCCCGCGAGAGUUCGCUCAUCUCUUCUCGAGGUCCAACCGGUUCGGAUCCGCUGACAACAUCGCUCAAUUAGCCGAGAACACGGGUGCUUCCCCACCACAUGCGGAACUAAGAGCGAACGCGUCGUCUGAAGGUUCGAGGGCUUCGGAAGUAGGCGAGGCGGCUGCCCCCCGAGGCUCAACGUUGCCGCGCGCCGCUACGUCACCAGCGCCCAAGUACUCGCCCGACGCCUCGCCCAGCUCAUCCGUCACCAGCGAGGGAGCGCCGUACCCAACGCAGACGGGUGCGAACAAUAUGACCGACUCUGCGUUCACACUCAAACCGAUCCUGAACGAACUACGCGAGCGGAGGGAGGAUUAUGAGCGGUUAGCCGAAAAACUAGAGGCGCUGAAGGUGAGCCUGUCCCAAGAAGUAUCGUUCCUGUCUUCCGCGUUGCAAGAGGAACGAUUCAAAACCGAACGCUUGGAGGAGCAAAUCAAUGAUCUCACUGAACUACACCAGAAUGAGGUGGAGAACUUGAAACAAGCCCUCACAGACGUGGAGGAGAAAGUACAGUACCAGAGCGAAGAACGAAUACGAGAUAUACACGAGGCGCUGGACCUCUGUCAGACUAAGAUCAGCAAGCUGGAGCAGUGGGCGGCGAGCGGGGGCGGCGGCACGGGCGGCGGCGGGGCGGGCGGCGAGGCGGGGGGCGCGGGCAGCCUGCCGCCGCGCGUCGUGCUCGUCAAGCUGCUCAACGUCGCGCUCACCCUGCUUCAGCUCGCCUUGCUGCUCGUCGCCACCGUAGCAGGAGUCGCCAUGCCCUUCUUGCGGACCAGAGUACGAGUGCUAACGACGUGUCUUGCGGUACUAGUCGGUAUAGUAGUGCUGAAGCAAUGGCCCGAAGUGUCUCAAGUGUCUGAACAUUUGGCGAAAAGACUCAAACAUUACUUGUUGGACGCUCCCGCGGACAGGUAUGAAUGCAAGUCGUUGUGUGGUUGAUAGCCUUAGUUAAAACUUAAAGUGAUGUGUGAAAACGUUUCCGAGACAAAUUAUGAGGAACACGCAUUCAAAGUACUCUUUUACGGCAAAAUUUGUUUCGAUUAUAUCGGAUUAAAUUUCCAAGGAAUUAUAAUCGAUUUCUUAACAUCAGAAUGUAUCGUCAUAUUUUCAGUCUUUCUUAUCGUAUGUGAUUUAUUCUGUGUAUCGUACAAUUAUUUCAGUUUGAAUCUUUUUAUGUUAUCAAAGUAAAAAUAUUAUAGCAAAUUACUGACAGGUAUACGAAUAAUAAAUCAAAAUCUAGAUUCAAAUGAGUUAGUAUGAGUUUUUUCGUAAGUUUCAACAAGGUCAUUAUUCCCGCCAUCUCUGUGAUUUGAUGGUGGACUGAUGAGGAAAACCGUGAGACUGAAAGAGUGUAACAACGCCCUAUGUGUUUAAAUAUGCUGUGGUGUAAUUUGCGAGAGGCUUCACUAGAUAGUAUAAAACAAAAUCGCUUUCUCUGUCCCUAUAUCCCUGUGUAUGCUUAAAUCUUUAAAACUACGCAACGGGUUUUGAUGCGUUUUUUUAAUAGAUAGAGUGAUUGAAAAGGAAGGUUUUUAAGCAUAAUAACAUCCAUUAAAUAGUGGAGACAUCAAUAAUAAAUUACAGCUUCCUAAACGAAGCGAGGGCGGGUCGCUAGUAUUUAUUCAAAUUAGACAUCUGUCUGUGGACUAAUGGUGUUUAUCUACAUUUUCAAAGUUUUUAUAAAAAUAGAAGCUUUAUUCGCAAUAGAAACAAAUUUUCAAGUUCAAAUUAAUUGAGUGCUAAAUAUGCGUGUCAGUUGCAUGUGAACAUUAAUGGUCAAUUUGUCUCGAACGUAAUGCGUUGUUUUACGCGUGAUUUGAUAAAUGUAAGCGUAAUGUGGUAUAUUUCGCAGUGAUAUUAAUAUGUUUUAAGUCCUUUGUAAGUGAUGAUGUGAUGGAAUAUUCAGAACGUCUACGAAAACUUUUCUUUCCAGCAAGCUAAAGCCAAAAGCGACAUUAGGCUAAAACUAAAUUAGAUGCUCUACAAAUUGGAAGUAAAAACUUUUUUGUUUUGGUAAACAUAUUUUAUUUUAAAAUUAUUUUUGCACUACAUAAGUGCUUCAUUUAAAAAUAAAAUUUAGUUUUGAAUAUUACAUCACAUUUGAUUUAUAUUAAACGUUGACGGGCUGGGUCCGAUUUUAUUUUGAUUAUAUUAAAUUAUUGUUAUCUAAAUAUAUCUUUUGUAGUUAAUUUAUAUCGAAAACUCAUCGCAUUGCACUGCAUUCUGUAAGUAGAAAGGUAAUUAUUUCAAUGAAAAAUAUUGUUUUAAACUGAAUUGAUAGUUGAUAAAGACAUUUUUUAUAUAUUUUUUUUAUAUAUUUCAAUGAUUAAUUUUCAAAAUUUAAUUUUAAAUUUCAAAAUAGAAGAUUCGGUUCAUCAGAUAGAUAGUCCAAUCGUUUAAUGAACAGGCGAUUUCUCAUAAUGUAUAAAAUAAUAUAACAUUGAAAAAAAGAAUCGGUUAAUAGACAUGGGAAGUUUUUGGACAUUAUUUAUUUCUUAAAUUUAAUUGGGGCAUUUAAUUGGGGAAUUGAAUAUGAAAUUUUUGUUACAUAAAUGAUUAUUGGAUUUUGAUAAUAAAUUGAAUAUUUUUAGAAUAAUUGAAUACAUAUAUUUAUUUUUAAAAUUUUUUUUAUUGUUUUCACAUAGUAUAUUAUAAUCUGCUCGUUGAUGAUGUGAUUAAUCGUAAAAUUUGUUUUAUAAUACUCUGGUCUGUAGUUAGAGGUAAUUUUCUAGAAAUUCUCAUAAUGAUAAAACUUAAAAGACCACCAUAACUUGAAUAAAUAUACAUAUCGACGCUUGAAAGGCAAACGUGACUAAGCGACAAUAACUGCUUUGUACAUAGAUGAUAGGCAAUAACAAUAUUCGAUGCGCAAAAAAAUAUAUAUUUCUAGGUCUAUUAAAGUCAUUUUAAUCCUACAGCUACUAGUUAGAUUCUACUACAGCUAGAUUCGUUAAAAUAAAUUUUGUUUUCAGGUAUUUUAACUUUAAAUUAGUCUACUGUAAAGUUCACGCAUUGUCGCUUAGUUACGUUUGCCUUUCAAGCGUCGAUAUAAAGUAAAAAAAGAGAUUAUUUUAUAUUGGGAGCAUGUUCUACAAACUUUGUUUAUGAAAACUCUCAGAGCACUCCAUUGAAAUUAUUCAGAAGACAACAUCUCUGAUUUCACAGCUGAAAUAAAUUUAUGUUUUGUAUUGUUUUAAUUUUGUUUCUUUUUUGUUAAGUAAUAGAACUCAUAAUUAAAAAAGAAACAUGUCUAUAUCAAUGUGAUUAUUGUAAAUUGUAUUAAUUAAUAUUUGUAUCCAUUGUAUUGCAAUUUGUAAAGAUAAAACAUUCCAAAUUUUUUUUAAUACGUUGAACAUCUAUGGUUGUGUGUGAUGCUCCUAGUGAAUUCAUUGAAACAUGAACCAAAAGUAUGGUUAUUACUGUAGAAGUAAUUGAUAUCAUUAAUUUGAUUUUCAUAAUAUUAAAUCUUUUAGUCAAGCGAAAAAAUUAUGCCAUUUAAAUAAGCACAGUCACAGCUCGAGAAACAAAAACACAUGUGUAAAAAAAAAAAAAUUGAUUCGUACUCAUUUUUUUAUAUGGUUAGUAAUUGCCAGGCUUGCGUCACACCCGGAUAAUGUAAAUAAAUGCAUAUUUAUUGAUCGCUCAAUGAAACACCAACCUACAGUGAUCGUAAUGUACAAAGUAAAGUUUUUUUAGAAGCAAUAAUCUAAUGGUUUUGUAAAUAUAAAUGCGUUUUUAUUGUUGCUCCUGUAAAUAUCGAAUCAAGAAUCAUUACAAUUUGCCCGUUUUCUUUUAUUUUAUUGUAAAUGUUAGAUGCAAACCAAUUUUUUUUUGUAAUAGUUUUUGCUCGUCCAUCAUCAAUGUAUCUAUAAAUUUAGAUAUAAUUAUGAUCUCAAUAUAAAUAAUUUAUAAUUAUUCUCUAAAUUCAAUUGAUUGUUUCAAAUUGGUUUGUAUCGUUUUUAGUCUCAAUUACGAAUGCAAUAUGUUUACGGGGUCGUUACUGCCGCCCUUAUUGAUUCAAUAAAAUCAUCACAGUUUAA